UAAAAUUUGUAGUUUGAGAGUAAAGCUAUACUUGAAAUUGUUAACCUCCGAGGUUCAAGAAAUGCAGUUUAAUCUUUGACCAUAUUUUCUGUUAUUUAAAGAUAUUUUGCAGUUUUGUUGACAUUCUUGAAUCUCACGAGUUGUUUAAUCACAUACAUCUUGUGAUAAGAAGUUCUUGCAAUGGAAUUAUUUCUUAGUUAAUAAAGUGAAUCACUUUAAUUUAGUCUUACUUGUAAUUUUUUAAGCGCAAUAUAUUUCAUUGACUCAGUAAAAAUGUGUUGCCAAGAUGUAGAAAAACCAUCCUACAGGUUCACAGUGUUAUUUUUCAAUUGUCUUUUGACAUUUGGAUCAUAUUAUUGCUUUGAUAUGCCAAGUGUCAUGCAAGAUCAAAUGGAAAAGGAUUAUCACUGUGGUAACAACACAGGUAAUUCAACAUGCUGCUCUGACUGUUUAGGAAUGUCACCAAAAGAAUACAAUUUAUUGUAUGCUGUAUAUUCAUGGACAAAUGCUUUUGUUGUAAUUGGAGCUGGCUUUCUUAUUGAUAAAUAUGGCAAUCAAGUUGGAGCCCUCUUCUUUUCAUCUCUGUGUGUUAUUGGGUCUUGUGUUUUUGCACUUGGUACCCAUUACAGAGGGACAGCAUAUAUGAUUCCUCUGAUGCUUGUUGGAAGACUUGUUUUUGGUGCUGGCAAUGGAUCAUUGACUAUUGUACAGAACAGAAUAACUUCUUUUUGGUUUGCUGGGAAAGAAUUAGCGAUGGCAUUUGGUAUCACUCUAGCAUUUUCGAGAUUGGGGAGUGUUCUUAAUUUCAUUUUCACUGGCCAAUUAACUGAUGCAGUUGGUAUAAAAUAUACAUUAUGGAUAGGUGCUGGUCUCUGUGGACUGGGGUUUAUUUCAGCUUUAAUAGUUGGGCUCUUGGAUGUUCAUGGGUUUAAAAAACUGGGCAUGUUGGAUGCCAUUAAUACUCAAUCUAAAUUAGUGCGCAUAUCUGAUGUCAAGCACUUUUCAUUAUCAUAUUGGCUUCUUAUACUUUCCAUCAUGUUUUUUUAUAAUGGUGUAUUUCCAUUUGUUGCUGAUGCCAGCAAAUUCAUAAGUGUCAAAUACCAUUAUGAUGACAAUGUAUCUGCAUACAUGGCUGGUGCUGUGUAUGAUGUUUCACUUUUAUUAUCUCCAUUUUUAGGUGGUCUUAUUGAUAUUUUUGGUAAAAGAGGAAUUCUUUGUAUUGUAUGUUCUGUUUUAACAUUACCUGUAUUUGGACUGCUAGCAUUUUCACAAGCACAUCCUUUGAUUUCUACUACUUGGUUAGGUAUUGCAUAUUCUGUGGCAGCAGCAAGUAUGUGGCCAUCUAUUCCUUUAGUUGUUUCUCAAUCAACUAUUGGGACUGCUAUGGGUAUCGCAACAUCUCUUCAAAUGAUUGGAAUUGGAUUUUCUAACUUAAUAGUUGGUGACAUUCUAAAAGUUCUAAAUGAUAAGAAUCUGAUUAGCUGGAAAUAUGUUAUGAUAUAUUUACUUGGAAAUGUUAUCGCUUGUAUCAUCACAUCAGUAUUUUUGAAUAUUGAUGACUACAGAAAGGAUGGAGUAUUGAAUAUCAGUCGAAAAGAAGCCAAAAAAAGGGAUGAAAGUUCUCCUAUAGUAAACACAGAUACUGAAGCCCUUGUAGAAUCUUUGCAGCCAAUUAACGACUAAUUUCAACUAAUUUGAAUACAUAGGAAUUAAUCCCUUCUGAAUCCUAAU